AUGCCUGGUGGCGAAAGGACGUAUCGUGUCGCCCCGCCAAUAAUUGAACAAGUCGAUCAAUAUUCAUCAGUGCGACCCGAAGACCUCGAGAAUGGGAUCCUAACGAUAUCAGACAACGAUGUUUCUACCACCGCCGCCAACUCGACUGGCUCCAACCAUUCCACCAAAAGCACACCUGCAGGCAAGAAUUGGGUCGUUGAUGGCCUACGUACUACCGGAUCACCAGGAAAAUCCAACCUAUCACGAAGCAACAGUAACGAUGGAGUGACUUGUAAAAGUGGUGGUACUGGUGGAUUAUUGAAAGCUUCUCAGGGCAUGUCACGAGCCAAUUCCGGUGAUGGAAGCACGAAAGGCAUGUUGAAAUCCCUGUCAAAAGAGAUGGGAAUGACACGUCGCCAAUCGAAUAAUUCAAGCACCUUUUCGAAAUUUCGGUCUCCUGAUGUAUCGGCAAUCCAGACUGCGAGAUUCAAGGGACAUCAUGCACCGGCUGAAACUCCUCACGCGUCACAGUUUCCGUCAAUGCUGAGUAAGGAGUUGGCCUUAUUGGACAUGUCGCAAAAGUACGAUCAGCAGCUGGUUGAGAUUGGUGAAGAAGGUACUGGAACUACUCAAGACCGUUUGCCGUUGGUUGGGGAAGUUGGACGUGCACGAUCAGUCGAACCUACGUCACCAAAUGGUGGCAUCACCGGUACCAAGGAAACCAAGAGAAUGUCGGCUGCCAAAGCAGCCGCUGUUGGAAUCGUCAAGAGACUAGGUAACAUCGGUAAAUCACGACCAACUACCGCUGCUACAGCUUCUACCUCUGGGUCAAACAAUUCUAGUAAAAUUGCAACACCAACAAACAAUUCCAGCUCGUCUGUCGAUCUAGUCGCUGCACUGCCAAUCCAGAAACCCAAGUCGAUGCCGAAGAGAGGUGCUGCUGGUUCAGCAUCAGCUCCAGAAGUGAAAUUACGAGCAGAUUAUGAAUUGGAAGACUUUGAUUUACGUGAACAAAUUGGAAAGGGCGCAUUUGCUAGAGUAUUCUUGGUCCGUUUCAAUCCUCGUGCUGGUCUUGCACCGCUUCGUAGUGGUGCAAAAUACUUUGCGCUCAAGGUGUUGAGCAAGAAGCAGAUAGUUGAUACUCGACAGGUCAAGCACGUCAUGAAUGAAAAACAUCUUCUGGAAAUGAGCAAGACGCCAUUCGUCGUCAACCUUCUCGCAACAUUUGUGGAUCCAAGGCAUCUCUUUUUGGUUAUGGAAUAUGUACCUGGUGGUGAUUUGUUUUCAUAUCUGAGAAAAUGUCGACGAUUCCCGGAAGAGACAGCCAGAUUCUAUUCUUGUGAAAUCCUGAUGGCUUUAGAAUACCUGCAUUCUCUCAAUAUCCUGUAUCGAGAUUUGAAACCUGAGAACAUUUUACUAGACGGCCAAGGCCACCUCAAACUCGCCGAUUUCGGAUUCGCCAAAAUCAGCCAAGACGUCGCAACAACUUUCUGCGGCACCCCGGCAUACAUGGCUCCCGAAGUAAUCCUCAAAUCCGCCUACACACAAUGCGUCGACUGGUGGUCCUUUGGCAUCGUCACCUACGAGAUGAUGGCCGGAUACACACCCUUCCACGACACAACCCCGCAAAAGAUAUACGAGAAUGUCCUUGGCGGCCAAUUCCGCUGGUCGUCGCAAAUCCAGCCUAUAUGUAAAGAAUUCCUGAAACGGUUGCUGGACCCGAUACCUAAACGCCGACUGGGCACUGCACAUGGGCUAGCAGGAGCGACUGAAAUCAAGAAUAAUGUAUGGUUUGACGAUGUUGAUUGGGAUGCUGCUGCGAGGAGGGAGGUACCGGUUCCAUGGGUGCCACCAGUUGGAUCUGAUUCUGAUGUUACGAAUUUUGAAAUUUACAAGGAUGAUUGCUCUGUUAUUGAUGCGGCUAGAGGUGUUAUGAGAGCUAAUGAGACUGAUGGACUAUAUGAUGAUGCAUUUAUUGGCUUUUGA